GUCUUUAGGGCAGCAGGCACGGCACUGAUCGGUGCCUCAGACCCCACACUCUCUCUCUCUCGCAAUGGCCCCUAUCUAGGUCGUAGUAGCUGGCGGCACACGAGCAGCGCAGAGUGGACCAGCGUCAGAACAUUCAAGGCGUAUAAAUCAAGGUCAUCACCAGCACGAUCCCCUCUUCGGCCGAAAAUUGGAGAAGAAAAAGUAGAUAAUGCUGAAUAUAAUAGGCAAUAAUGCUACAUCUAUGCAAAAAUGUCAAAUUCAUCGGCUUUCCUUUUACGCUCAACAGUUGGCUCAUCUGUCCCAACAUGUAGCUAAUCCUUCGUUUCAUUCCUCCAUCUAGAUGCCCGUCCCUUUCCUUCGUCGUUGUCGUUCUACACAGUGAGCAGCCUCCUCUCCUCAUCGCCGUGAUGUCCAUCGACCCCCCUCCACACGCUACGACUCCGCCUUCUCAUCGUCCUCUUCUGACGAGAUCUCAGUCUGACAAUCCUCUCGUGGACGACCAGCCUUCCGACCGUCUGCCUUCUAUUCUUUCGAAAAAGCGACAUUCUACUUACAUUGCCGCGCCCGAGACGCUCUCACCUUCACCCUCUUCCAUUCUACGGCCGUCCCGCCCCACACGCGUCGGCGCACCACCCAUGGCGCUUUCGCCGUCGCGAUCAAGCAAGGUCAAGAUCUCGAUCCGACCGCGGACAGCGACGGGUUCGAUGGAGGACGUGACACCUUGGGAACUGUACCCCGCGCCAGGAGACGAGCUCGACACCAGGUGUGUAGCCAUUGCUGAGCCGUCACCGCACAAUCCGUCUCGUCCUAGCAUAUCCACCCGUCCCUCAAGCUCCGGAGGCCGUCCCUCCGGUCGAACCUUUGCUGACCAUCUCCGGAGAAGGAAGUCGACAGGCAGUAAGACUCCUGCAAAGAAUCCAGUCGGCAACAACUUCGCGCCAUUCAGACUCCAGUCAUCAGCUUCAGCAGGCCCACUGAGCACCGAACCUUUUUCCAGAACCUCACAUUCAGGAUUUCCAUCAAAUCCUCACCGUAGCCAUAACCAGAAGAAUGUCUCAAAAUCACCUUCAAGGUCACCUUCAAGUUCAAGUGCAUAUAUGUUGUCCCGAACCCAAAUAUCAACUCCUCCUGUACCUCCAGUACCCCCAGUACCUACACCAUGGUCUGGCAUCAUUCAUGCAGGGCCCUUCGUUGCACAUCCUUCCACUUCUCAGUCUCGUUCCUCAGCCGACAAGCAAAGGGGAAAGGGAAUUGGAGCCGCCAAGUUCUCCACUGCAGAUCGGACCGUUCUCGAGGAGCUCAAACGAAGCCUCAACGCACGAGCUGCGCAGUUCGUCGUGAAGAACGGGUCACAUGGAACUGGGAAAACCGCCCCCGGCCCCGGUAAUGGUAUCUCUUGGGGCGCGACCGGCCUGGGUGCCGUAGGCGUAUUCAAUGGUAAAAAGCACCAUCCGUUCGGAAAGGAUGAGGUUCCUUAUCCCCGCUGCUAUGAAAAGGACGUCUUGGAUCUGGACAUCUGGGACACCCACUUUUGUCGACAGAUCUGUGAGAGUCUUACGUGGCAUGUCUUUGAGAAACCGCCUACCAAGGUUCUGGACAUCGGAUGUGGUACCGGCGCAUGGAUACUGGAAUGCGCCCGAACAUGGAGAGAUUGCCAUUUCGUGGGGCUGGAUUGCGUGCCUUUACAUCCCGAUCUUCUUCAGGUUGGUUCCAGUGACCUUGCGCAUCGUAUCACAUGGACCCAGAGUAACUUGUACGUGACGUUCGUCGCUCAAUCGAGACCCUCUCCCACAUAUCUUGUACACAGCCUCGAAUUUCUUCCGUUUCCCAAUGAAGAGUUUGAUUUUGUUCAUAUCAAACGAAUCGCAUUGGGAGUUCCUGAGGACAAGUGGGAUCAACUGUUCGAAGAGAUUGUCCGUGUGAUGAAACCAGGGGGUGCCUUCGAGAUGAUUGAGGAAGAUCUGUUUUUCCCUGGAUGUGCUCUAGACGGAGACGAAGUCUAUAGUGAUUUCGGCUCAGAAAUUCGUUCAUCUGAUAGGCCACAUCGGCGUUUAUCAGGACAGGCCCUCAUUUCAUCCCCAGAAGCGGCUCGUAGUUGCGACCAAGACAUAGAUGAUGACACAGACUCGACGCAUCAGAGUUAUAGCUCAUCAGUCAGUGGACGGAAGUCAGAAGAAGCUGGGUCCCCAUUAUCGACGAACUCAAGUCCUAGUUUGCUGCCUACGGGUAGCACAUCGGGCGCAUCAAAUUACAGCGCUCCUGUUACGCCUCCUAGUAUGAUGCUUCCGCUACCGCUACUCCCUAUGUCAAAUACGGCCAUCGUCGAAGAUGAUGAAGGUAAAAUGACACUCAAUACCAUCAAGGAUUGUGACGCUCGAAAGUCGCUGUCGUCUCUGACGCCUCAAGCUUCUUCGCCGAACAGUAAACUGGCUCCUGAUGUGGUCAAACUUCUUCCCGCUCUGCCACAACACCAGCCGAGGAGGUCAACCACGCCAAGUGCGUUCAAGACUACUGCGCAAUCACCAUGGACAUUGCCAAAUUCUGAUGAGAGGUUGCCGACUCGACAGCCUCCAGUAGCAUUUGGCGCUGGUCGCCUCCAGCGCCCGUCAACGCCCACGGGUAUUGAAGGACGAAUAAAUCCUAGGAAGGCAAGUGUAUCACCUUUCUUGACGAGGUCGUUACCCAAAGAACCUCCGAACCCGAGAGAUCACUCCUUGCUUGAGACAAUAUACAAGGAGAUGCAAGCGUCCCGAUUCAUCAACAUCUCUCCCCUUGCACUGCUGCCUAACGCCCUUGGUCUACAUUUUAAAGAUGUGCGAUCUCCGCCUCCAAUCCGGUUCGCGUUCCCGCCAUUACAGUACAAGCAGACGCCACUGGAAGAAGACUCCGAUUCGGAUCCGGACGAAGAGGCCAGAAAUGCUAUCAAUCCGUACCCUGCACAGCGUCCUCAUUUAGCUUCUAAAAUGAGCACAGAGUUCAGUCAAGAAGAUCGGUGGGUAUCCGCGCAGAGUCUUUUGUUCAAGACGUCGGCCUAUGUAUCUCUGGAUGACUCCCGACUUGCUGGAUUCUCUCCUCGAGCAAUCACCAAGUCGCCUCCCACAAAGACCGUCCCCCUAUCAGAGGAUACCGCUCCGGUAAACCCUGCGAAAUUAUUGCAAGGAAACACUCUACCCAACUCCAAUCUGAACAUUGACGUACAAGCUCUUAAUUUGAAUCUUGCUCUCCGCGCGGCCGAGAUACUGGGUUGUUCCGAGGAGAUGUGGGAGUGUGUAUUGGAAUACCAGCGGGAUGUGCGCCGAACGAGAAAGGAUGGAGCUUCGAGGAAUGUAUUGAAGAUGAGGUCCAAGUCUGUUGAUGCGGCAAGGCAUCGACAUAAUAGACACUCUGGCACUGGCGUCUGGCCAGAACCAGAGGAUCCCACAACGUUACUCGAGGACCUGACGAGAGAGGAGUUUGAAGGGUUGCUGGUCCGAUUCGAUCUGUGAGUUGUAAUCUCCACUUGCCACCGAUUUCUUAUUCACAUUGAUACGUAUAACAGCGAUAUGCAGGACCAUAUGGCGUUAGGGUCCCAGAUGGAGGAAAGAUUUUCGUGGUCGGUCUCUCCUUCGCUUCCCUCUGUGGAGCGUAAGGCAUUU